GUUUUUAACUUGGCCUCGGACAUUCGGGUAUCGAACCGGAUUUGAGUCAGACAUUUUGGGUAUUUCAAAAUUUAGGAAAUUGGUACCGAUCAAGGAUGAUCGGUAUUUUUUGGGUUUGGGUCGAUUAGGUCACAUCCGAAAGAGCCAAAAAGUUAUCUAGUCCUUUUUUUUUUGUCAACAAAAGUUAUCUAGUCCAUUUAUAAAAAUCUAAAUGUAAAUGAAAAUAACCAAAUUUGUUUGAAUCUAUGAGAUAACUCAAUACAAUUAUAAAAUGAACUAAAUAGUCUAAAAUACAAAGAUCAAAUGACUUUUUUGUUCUAGUUUGGAUCGGAUUAGAAACCAGAUGUUUAUAUUCAAACAUAUGCGAAAAUAUUUGAAAGUAAUCAAAAAAUUUAAAAAUUUCUAAACGGAAAAUAGAUAUUGAUUAUCCAAAAGUAACAAAUUUAUUUAAAUUUAUAAAUAUAAAUUUUAGUAUUUGAAUAUAAACCGUGUAGUCCCACAAUUUGAAAUCUUUUAAAUAAUAGAUCUCUUAUAACUGACUUAACCAUUUAAGCUAUUCACAAUUUCAACAAUAUUACCCAUGUCUUUUAUGGAUCGGAUAGGGUUUAACGCUUUGGAUUUUGGAUUUAGAUAUUUUACCAAUGCCUCAACGUUACCGCAAUUUAGAAAAAUAUUACAGCUGCCGGAAAUAGAAAAUGAAAGUUUGCAUAGAUGACGGACAGCAAGUCUAACAAGUGGGGGGGGAGACUCCAUAAUUGAAUCCACUAGUUGAGGACAGUAUCGACUAUCGAGAAACGGACAAAAGAGGUUGCAUCAGUGCAAAGAACUGUCGGAGACGUCUUCGACUAGUCAAAACUGGAACAGAGUUUGGUUGCAUUGUCUUAGCUAGUCUCUUCUCUUAACAAAGCUUUGAAGCAUAGAGAGAGAGAUAAUGGAGGGUGAGGAGAGAGGUUACUGGAGAUGGAGCAAGAGAGAUUUCUUUCCCGAAGAAUCUUUCCAGAGCUUUGGCAGUUACAGAGCCGCUCUGUCUCAGACAUGUUCACGGUUCAAGAACAGGUUGGUUAGUAGGUCUGACGAUGAGACCGAGCGUGUCGAGCUCAGGAAACAGAGCGAGAACGAGAUGAAACGGUGUCUCACGUGGUGGGAUCUUGUCUGGUUCGGGUUCGGGUCAGUGGUCGGAGCUGGAAUCUUCGUCUUGACAGGCCAAGAAGCUCGUGAAGAAGCAGGACCAGCUAUAGUACUGUCCUAUGUUGUUUCGGGUUUCUCCGCUAUGCUCUCUGUCUUCUGCUACACUGAGUUCUCCGUGGAAGUCCCCGUGGCUGGCGGCUCGUUCGCCUAUUUAAGGAUCGAGCUAGGCGAUUUCGCGGCCUUCAUCACUGCCGGAAACAUACUUCUUGAGGGUGUAGUUGGAACCGCAGCUGUUGGUAGAGCAUGGACUUCAUAUUUCGCCACUCUUCUGAACCGAAACCCGGACAAUCUUCGGGUUAAAACCGACACUCUUAGCCCCGGUUUUAACCUCCUAGACCCGAUAGCCGUCGUGGUUAUAGCAGCUUCAGCUACAAUCGCGUCUAUAAGCACCAGAAAGACUUCACUACUCAACUGGAUAGCUUCAGCUGUCAACACUAUUGUAAUACUUUUCGUCAUAAUAGCUGGUUUCAUCCACGCCGACGCCUCGAAUCUGACUCCAUUCUUGCCUUAUGGACCCGAGGGAGUGUUCCGCGCUGCCGCGGUCGUGUACUUUGCAUACACAGGGUUUGAUAGCAUAGCAACAAUGGCUGAAGAGACCAAGAAUCCAUCGAAAGACAUACCGGUCGGUUUGCUCGGUUCGAUGUCGAUAAUCACGGUUAUUUACUGUUUAAUGGCAUUAGCCUUGAGCAUGAUGCAGAAGUACACAGAUAUAGAUCCAAACGCAGCUUACUCGGUAGCGUUUCAGAGCGUUGGAAUGAAGUGGGGAAAGUACUUGGUGGCUCUUGGUGCUCUCAAAGGGAUGACCACAGUUCUAUUAGUAGGAGCAUUAGGACAAGCGAGAUACGUUACUCAUAUCGCAAGGACACACAUGAUCCCUCCUCUAUUUGCUCUCGUCCAUCCCAAAACCGGAACACCGAUAAACGCUAACCUCCUUGUAACAAUCCCAAGUGCUCUCAUUGCUUUCUUUUCAGGUUUAGAUGUUUUGGCGAGCCUCUUAUCGAUAAGCACUCUCUUCAUCUUCACGAUGAUACCUCUCGCAUUACUCGUGAGGAGAUACUACGUGAGAGAAGUUACUCCAAGAGCUGAUCUUCUUAAGCUUAUCAUUUGCAUCUUGGUAGUUGUGAUUUCUUCAAUGUGUACUUCAGCCUAUUGGGGAAUGAAUCUCAAGGGGUCAUGGAUAGGUUACACAAUAACAGUUCCUUUCUGGUUCAUGGGAACUUUGGGGAUCGUGUUCUUUGUUCCUCAGCAAAGAAGUCCUAAAGUGUGGGGCGUACCGUUGGUCCCGUGGAUCCCAUGCUUAUCAAUAGCAACGAAUAUUUUUCUCAUGGGGUCUUUGGAAGCUCAGGCUUUUGUAAGGUUUGGGGUUUGCACUUUAGUUAUGUUGUUUUACUACUUUUUGUUUGGUCUUCAUGCAACAUUCGACAUGGCUCAUCAGCAAAUCGUGCCAAGGUCGUAGAAGCUAUGAAAAUUAGUGAAGAAAAAUGUUAGUCUCUUGUUUGAAUAAAACCACUCUAAUAUUAUUCUGUUUUAA